UUCUGAAGAAAAAGGUUAGUUUUCAUCGAGAUUUUGUUGCUUUUAAGAGAAAACAACUAUAUUUUUUGUUCACUAUGGCUAUUUCCAUUAUAAUUGCAACGGUUUUAUUACAGCUUUUUGUUUGUGAUAUUGCGAUGCUUCCCAUUUCCAAUAACAAAGAGAUUCUGUCUAAAGUGACAUCGGAUCCUUCGAAUUUUUUUCAUGAGCGAAGCGUGACCCCUAAAGAAACAGAAAAAACAACGAUCGCAAGAGAUGAAGGAACCUAUUUCUCGAAACAAAGAACGUACAGUGGAUCAAAUAUUCAAAACGAACCAAAUCAAAUAAUCUACUUCGAAUCAAAUGCGGGUACUAUCUUUUUCAUCACAGAGAAACCGGAAGAAUUCAAUACACUUGCAAUUGGACAAGAAGCAACUGAGGUCAUCGACGAUAAAAGCACCAAACGAAAGAGUCGUGAGAUACCUGAGAUCAACAGACAUCCAAAUCUCAGCGCAUAUAAAUCAAUGUUUAACGAAAAAGCAAUGAUUUCAAUAGCCCGUGCUUUCGGACUCCUUGUAGUUCAAGUUGUAGUCGUUCCACCUCCAAUAUCAGAAUAAGCUAAUUAUCUUAACAGCAAUAUUCGUUCUUCAAUAACAGCAUUAGUUUAACAGCAAUAUUUAUUCGUUAUUAAGUCAAAAAUUAUGUUUCUGUAAAAAUUUCAUUAGAGA